AUGAAUACGGUAUACGCCGUUAUAUUAUUCUUAUCAUCGUUUAGUGCGAUAAUGUGUGUGAACGAAUGUGUCAAUAACACGGAGAUCCAGAGAGUGGUGAGAGAAACUGCCGGCGUUAAGAGGUAUUUGGUAUUUCCACAGGGUAGUAACGUCCAAUUGGUUUAUUGUUUGACCGUGGGGACUUAUGCGAAGCCGACGGGCUUCUUCACGAUGGGAAUCACUGCUGGUCUGGCUUAUGAGCUGCCGUAUACGAAUACAGUGCCUCACAGAAGGCCAGCGGAGGUCUACCAUCGGAGGAGCAGACGCGAUUUGUACAAGAAAGUGGAGCUCAUGUUGAACACACGUGGCAAGGACGGGAGGGCUUGUGUAUUGAAGGCACUCUGUCUGUCCGGACAGCGCAACGACACUCAAGUUGGCAAAGGUAGUUUCAUGGAAGAGAUGAUGCAUUCUGUGUUCACACUACCAGGAGGGGCUUAUGAGGCUGAUCCAAUGACGCAUUAUGAGAGGGCUCACGAAGAUAUGGAGGAUUGCCAGUUGAAAUACUCAAGUUGCCCAGAAUUUUUCUGAUUAUUUAGCAACUACUCGUAGAAGAUAAUUUCAUAAAAAAACCUUGCAAAUUCGCUACAA